CAUCCAUAUUUAGUGCCAUAACUGCCAUCUGCCAUGUGUUAUCAGAUAAAAGAGAAUACAUCCGUGGAGUAGGCAGGAGGAGGAUCCGUUCAAAUGAGUCAAAAUGAAUCUUUGUAGCUGUACUAUAGAUCCAUAUGAGUCUAUUAAUGAUAAUCACGGUUUGGAUUGUAAAAGUGAUGGUAUUCAAUAAUAUUGAAUUAUUUAUUUUAAUCUCAAAACUCGCGAUUAACAAUGUGGUCGACAGAAUACGUUGAGUUAAAGCGUAUUGAUGCAUUAUUGCAAUGUGGGAUAUGCUAUGAUUAUAUGGACACUAGUGUAAUAACCUCUUGCUCCCAUAGUUAUUGUUCGUUGUGUAUUAGGAAGUAUCUGCAUCAUAAGACUCAAUGUCCAAUUUGUUUUGAGGAAAUCUUUGAGAAAGAUUUAAGGAAGAACAAACUCGUGGAUGAGAUUAUCAUUCAAUAUUUAAAUUUUAAAGAAAAACGUGACAAGAAAGUUUAUCAUGAAAAACUAAUUACUGUAAAGAAUGAAAAUUCUGAAGUUGAGUGUUCGACAAAUAAUUUUGAGUAUAAGGAGGAACAAGACAUGCUCAAUGUAUCACACCAUCAUUUGGAUAAUUCAAUGCUCAUAGCUGGUAAUACCACACCUCGUAGACAAAAGAAUAAUCAACAAGAUAUGUCUACUCCUAGCACUAGUGCAGAUUCUAGGAUUCCUUCAAUGUUUACUCCAAAGAGUAGAAAGAGUUUUCAAAAGGAAGAAAAUCAUCAGUUAGUUAGCUGUCCAGUGUGCAAAGUGGAAGUGCCUCAAAAUAAUAUAAAUAAACAUUUAGAUGAUUGUUUAAGGAGGGAAAAUACAAAGAUGGAACCUAAAAAAAGCGAACCGAAACGUAAACCUUUGCCAAAGUUAGUGUAUAGUUUAAUGAAAGAUAACGUUAUACGAAAAAGACUGAAAGAAUUAGGCUUAUCAUCUCAAGGAGAUAGAAAAGCAUUAACAAAUAGACUACAGAAAUAUACAGUUCUUUAUAAUGCAGAAUGUGAUAAGACAUAUCCAAGACCUAUACCAGAAUUAAUUAAGCAAUGUGAAGAAGAAGAGGAUUUGGAGAAGAAAAUACAAAAAUCAAAUAGUAUUUUUUCAAAUGUCACUAGAAACACUGAAGAUAAUAUUGUAGAACAAAAGAGAAAACAGUAUUUGACAACAAACAAGGAAAGUUUUGACAAAUUAAUUGUAAAACUAAAACAUGACAAUGAUCCACAAAAAAUUUCUGUUAGACGCAUAUUAAACGAAGAAAAUUCUGAUAUUUUACUUAAUGAUUGUGUUGCAGAAAAUAAUUCAACUUUAAAAAAUGAUCAAACAAGUGAUUUUCUGUUGCUAAAUUCUACUAAUUGUAUCGAAGAUUCGAAUUCAAACACGUCUUAUCUCUUGCAAUCUAGCAAAUGUCCUAUGGAUUUUCUAACUGUUGAACUAGAUACUUCAUCUGAUGAUUCCGCUAAUCAAUGUGCUUUCAAUCAUGAUAUUUCAAACCGUUCAAAUACAAUCAACCCGGAUUUAUUUAAUCGUACUAUAAAAAUGGAAAAUAAAAAACCCGAGGAAUUAUCUUCCGAAAAUAUUUUAAUACAUGAAGAAAUAAUUUCUAAUAAUCAUUCAAGACAAUGUGAUGUUUUGAAGAAUGAAAUAGAUAUUGAUACUAUAAAAUCAAUUUCUGAACUUGUUAAUAUGGAAACAAAGAAUGAAGAACAAACAAGAUUAGCUAACAGAAAUAGAAGUGCCACAAAAUAUACACCAAACAAACAUGUUGCACAUUCCGAACUCAGAGAUAGAUGGCAGAAAGAAUUACGCAACGAAAAUGUAGAUUCAAUUAUAGAAGACGAUAACAAUAUUGAUGUUAAGGAUAAUUAUGAAAAAUCAAACCUCGAGCAAUUAAAUGAAGCGGUAGAAAAGUAUGCUAUCGGGAUGAAAUCUGAAAAAGAAAACAUGAAAGCAUUGGACAAAGACCUAACAACUUGGACUCCUAGAAAACGAGAACGUGAAAUGGCAUUCGCAUUAAGCGAUGAGGAAAAAAUUGCAGAUAGAACAAUGAAUGUUAAAAAGUCUCUUCGGUUUGGACUUAGUGAGGCUAAAGGAUUUAAUAACGAAAAUUUCGACAAAACUGCGCGGGAUGAAGAAAAAUCACAAAAUGAAAAGGAAGAAUCGCAGACCGUUAAUCUUUAUUUAUAUUAUGCCGACACUUCUUUCCUCGCUUGUAUGCGAGGUGCGUCAUUAUCAGGAACGAAAAUUUGUCUACGGCUCGGGAAGCGCAACGUCAUUGAUGUAAUAAUUUAAAUAGUUUCUAUGUAUUUUAACAAGCUUCUGCCUUUAACUCUCGUAUAUUUCUAAUAUUUCAUUAACUGUUUAACAAAAUUUUAACAGAAUGGUCAAUUAUCUCUCUUAUGAUCUUCUGACAUAACAUGAUUAAGGAUAUACAUGUGUAAGAUUAGGAAAUACAUGUUUUCGGGCAUAAAAUAGCUCUUUCUUUAAACAAGUUCACGCAGUUAAUAGUUUCUGUUCCACUGUAGUAUGGCAUCACGCGAGGUAGUUACUCGAACGUUGAUACAUCCCUCAAGUAUUAUACACGCUAUAAGCGACUCUAACUUUUAUUCCGUGCGUAGUUAUCUGCCGAUUUUUCCGGGAAAGAUCGACAUAUUAGAUGCGUGAGACAUCUUAUAAGCAAUAGUCACAAUUCAUUUAUCGUUAGAUUCAUUAGCAACUCAUUCACGACUCAUUCAUUCUUGGCGCUUACUAUAGAUUGUCUUUUGAUUCGCUAAGAAACCAGAGAUAGUACCCUCAAAGAAGUUAGUACGACGAAUAGAUUAUCUU